UAACCUCCCUUACAGGAGAAGGUCUCUGAGUGACGUUUCAUAAAUCUCAUUAGUCGUUUACUGGAAUUCUCAUAGUGUUGUUUGGUAUUUUUGUGGCUCUAAGAAAUUAAUUCGUUGGUUACAAACAAGAAAACCAAUUUAAUCUGUACACCACGUCACGAUCUUCCUUGACUACACCGUCACUACACAAAGAAAACUGAAGACAGAGAAAAAGGUUGUACUUGUAAACUAUCUACAUUUCCCUCUAAGCUGCUGAUUCAAGAAGAAAUUAUUACUGCUAUUUGAAACUUCUUGGAUGCUUAUCUCAAGACAACCUGCUCAACUAGCCUCUUUGAUCAAGGCUCAAUGGCUUUUAAUUUCUCAGAAGCCAACUGUAACUCAAUUAAAACAGAAAUUCUACCACACUUCUUCAAAAAACUAUAGGUUUCUAUCUGAUCCUGAGAACAAAGGUAGUCGACAAGCUGGAAUUAACUUUGACACCCUUGGCUGUUGGAAUAGUCGUCUUGAGUUACCAAUUCACUAUGAAGAAAGUAUUGAACGAGGCAAGAUUAUUCCCAAAAUUCCAUUGACAGAAAUUGGAAGUGCUACACUGUUAGGACGGCGUAAAGUUAAUGAAGAUCGCUAUGCUGUUGAAGAACUUUCUCCCAAUCUUCUCUAUUUUGGAAUGUUUGACGGACAUGCGGGUACAGAAGCUGUUGAUUUUGUCAAUCAAAAGAUGAAGAAGAGCAUUUUGUUUUGGUUGAACCAAACUGAUGAUCUGGAAGAAGUUAUUAAGCAAUCAUUUAUAGAUGUCAACAACCAACUUGCCCGUUAUUUACUUUUCUCACGUUCUUCCAAUUUCCAUUGUGGGACAACAGCUACUGUAUGUUUACUGAAAAACAGUGUUGGAUUGGUGAUAGGACAUGUUGGCGACAGUUGUGCUAUUCUUUGCCGACAGGGAAAAGCAGUUCGUCUGACUCAAGACCAUGAUCCUGAAGUUGAGGAAGAAGCUUCUCGCAUCAAAAAAUGUGGCGGUUUCAUUUCUUUGAACAGUUUAGGACGAUCACAUGUCAAUGGCCGUUUAGCCAUGACAAGGAGUAUUGGUGAUUUGGAUCUGAAACCAUAUGGAGUUACUGCUAAACCUGAUAUUCUUACAAUGGAGGUUAAACACUCAAAAGAUGCUUUCUUGGUACUGGCAUCAGAUGGGCUCACAUUUGUGCUUGCAGACCAAGAAAUUGUGGAUGCAGUCAGUAAGUGUGACAUUCCUAAGGAAGCUGCUCAUUUGGUGACAGACCAAGCCAUGCAGUUUGGCUCUGAAGAUAAUACAACAGCUCUCAUCAUUCCAUUUGGUGCUUGGGGCAAGUAUCAAGCUGCCGACACUUCUAACCAGAACAGUUUUGGACGACAGUUAUUAGGUGUUCGAUAUUGCUGAAGGUAAAAAGAAAAAAAAAAGAAGAGAGAAAAAGAAAAAGAAACAAAGACAAAACAGAUUCCAAAAUCUUCCUUCAGAAUCUUGCCCUACCUCUUUGCUGUGCUUCACCUCCCUGUAGUCAAUCCUUUACAGAAAUGCUGCAUUACACAUAAUAAUGUAAUAUCAGAUUCAGCCAUGAACACACUAGCUUACUGUACUAGGUUUGCACUUGUACUUUUAGUAUACUGUGAUAUGUAAUUUGGCAUUAGUACUAAAAAUAUUAACAGCUAAAUUUUACGUGGUGACAGCUCAUGAGAAUCCAUUUGUUAAACUGCCACUAGGAAAUUAUUUAAGGAAGUGUCUGCUAUAAAUUUCUGCUUUACUGUUUUCUUGUCCUACACCUUAGCCACUAAGUAACAUCACUGAUCUAUGAUAGCAACAACAGCCAACAGCAAUAAUUACUGUAAUAAAAUCUGAUUACUUCCAGUCUGUAAUCGCUUCCUUUUGUUGAUGGGAAUCCAGUUGUAUGCUUGCAGGAUGCAGUAAUGAGAUAAGACAAGCAAAGAGCCAUUGUGAUGGUUUGUUAUGCAAGAGCAAUGAUAAAGUAAUGCAGUUUUGUUUUGGAAAAUGGAGGUGCUAGUCUUUUGGUGCCAGUACCAUUUAGUUGAUGGUUAUACAAUCAUGGAAUAAUGGAGUAAUCAAUACAAAGUUUAAUAAAAAAUAUUAAUCUAUUAUU